UCUGAACGGUGAUCGAAUCUGAACUGAACAAAGAUGAGGUGUUUUUUACCAGUUGUCGUUCUCCUAUCGUUAGGUCUGGUCCUAGCUGAAGAUUUCACCAGCGACUUCGUAAAAAAUGCUUUCAGUGAAAUAUGUCAGUUUCUAGAAAAUGAUGACUUCAGAUCACUUUACGUUGCUGGUCCCGAUGGCGCUGCUCGCAAGAGACGCUCAGCUGGUGGUUUCGGUGGAUUUGGCGGCUUUGGUGGUUAUGGGGGAAAUAAUUAUGUUGGUAACUAUCUAAAUACAGAUCGUGUUGGACAUGGUUUCCAUGAUAAUAACGGUUAUGGUCGUCCUAACGUCAACUUCAUUCAAUCAUUUCACCCAGGAAAAGUUCAGAUUGAAAAGAAUCACAUCGUCCACAACUAUUACAAACAAGGCAAUUACCAGAAGGCUCUGCAAUAUUUCUAUGCUAUCCCAUUGGUAAAGGUCGCUUCCGUAAAUAAUGGUAUGCAGGGUCACUUUCAGAGAAGAAAAAGUUACACCGUCACCGUCUGCCAAAAAUGUCACCAAGGCCGACCACAAAUCGAAGUCCGAUGCAAUACCAAACCAUACAACUAUUUAGUUAGACGUUUUGUGUUUCAACCACAAAUCAAUAACGUUAAUUACAACCAAUACAAUCAGUACAGCUUACAAGAACAUCCCAACUACAACCAACACCCUAGUUAUGAUGUAGGACAUCCUGGUUACAACCUUGGUUAUGAUGGUGGUUAUUUCACGGGCGAUUCUGGAUUUAGAGGUUAUUAUGCCAAUAAUAACCAAGUAAACCAAGCUAAUUUCGCUCCUAACCAUUAAAAUAAAGAAGAAUGGCGACUAUGUAGAUAAUAUAUAAGGGACACACUAAUGACAUGUAAUAAGUUGAGAAUAAAAUUCACUAAUAAAU